AAAGUGUGGACCAUCGUGUCUCACGAUUUGCAGAUGCAGACGACAGUGGUGGGCUACAACCCAGAAAAGUACUCAGUAACACAGCUCAUAUACAGCGCCUCCAUGGACCAGAUCAGCGCCAUCACCAGCAGCGCCGAGUACUGUGAGCAGUAUGUCUCCUACUUCUGCAAGAUGUCGAGGUUGUUGAACACCCCAGGAGACGUGAUUGAUGGAGCCUCUGACCGCUCUGCUGCAUGGUGGCAGUUUUGCUGUUGGGAUUGUCUUUUCUAGAAGGAGAA